UAUUAAAGUUAUUAAAACAAGUUUACAAGCCAUCAUUGGCGUGUAAUUACGCAAAACGUUACGCCGCUGGGCGUGACAUCACAAAUCAGUCCGGUCGGACUGAAGACAACACGUCUACUGUCUAUCCCUUUCUAAAUCUUGCGUUAGAAAGAGAGAGGCGAUACGAGCCGGCUGGUGCUGAUCGUAUUCUGUCGAGGGUGUCGCCAUUUUCGUUUUGACGAAUAUUGACAGCACGGCAGACAGACAGUGGCGCGGUCGUCGACGCAGCGUCUGCCAGACUAUUUUUAUUUUGAUUGUGAAUCAUAUAACAACCAGGUUUAAUUUAUUUAUACAUUAUAAACAUUCGUUCGUGAUUAAUUCUGUAUUUACAAAACACAUACUCGUGUCGAGUGAUAUAUUGUUAAAGCGGUUCCGAUAUUUGGUGCUAACCUCCUUCUUUUUUACUUGUGUUUUUGAGAACUGCAAGACGUGAUCGAUAUGUGCAAGAUGUAUUACAGAUGACUUUGCAUUACGUUUGACAUCGUGUUAAUUAUCUGAUGCGGUGGCGGUGGUGAAAUUGGCGGGAUGCAGGGCGGCGGCGCGCCCGCCACCGACGUCGACCAGGCGCAGUUCGAAGCGGACAAGCGCGCUGUUUACAAACACCCACUCUUCCCCCUCCUCGCUCUACUCCUGGAGAGAUGCGAGCAAGCGACAGCUGGCGCGGAGCCUCCAGCUGCAGAUGCCUUCGGUGCAGACCUCCAAGCCUUCGUGCAACACCAGAGGAGGGACAGGCGACCUUUCCUUGUGGACGAUCCAGAGAUAGACGGGCUGAUGAUCAAGAGCAUUCAGGUCCUUCGGAUUCAUCUCCUAGAAUUGGAAAAGGUUCAAGAGUUGUGUAGAGACUUCUGCGGCAGAUAUAUAGCGUGUUUGAAGACAAAAAUGCAGAGCGAAAACUUGUUACGAACUGAUUAUAGUGCGGGUGGUGUUGAAAGUAACAACAAUCUCUCUGGGACGAUGGAUGAUCAUUCCAGUACGUCCAACUCGCCACAGUAUCAGUCCCCCGCGCCGCUGGCCGCGCCCCCCUUCCCCGCCUACCCCGCCGUCGCCGACCUGCCCUUCCAGCACCGCGAGCCGCCGGCUCUCGUAGUACAAGGUUCGACACCGAUCGGUCAAAUCGGCGCCGGACUCCUCUCAACGGAUUCGUUUACGGGCACGAACUCCAACUCGUGCUCGUCGGUGUCGGGCUCCCCCCCGCCGGCGGCCGACGACGAGGAGGAGGGCGGCAAGCGCGGCGUGCUGCCGCGGCACGCCACGCAGGUCAUGCGCGCCUGGCUCUUCCAGCACCUCGUGCAUCCGUACCCAACUGAGGAAGAGAAGAGGUCACUCGCGGCUCAGACUCGACUCACUCUAUUGCAAGUCAACAAUUGGUUCAUUAACGCGCGACGUCGUAUAUUACAACCGAUGCUGGACUGUCAGGACAAGCCGGGAGGUAAGAAAAGUAAAAACGGGUCGUCCAUUAGCAAAAGAUACUGGCCCGACGCGCUCACCAACCCCCAAUUUACAGCCGGUCUUCUCUCAUCAUCAGAGGACGAAGACCAAGAGGGUGAACAAUCCGGUGAUGAACACGAAUCCCAGAAUGAGGAGCAAAGUGAAAACACCAAUUAUCCACCCAUACAGCAAUCUAUGCAUUGAGCACCAUAAUGUUAGAACGGGACAGCACGUCACAUGACACGCAUACAAACAAAAAGACAAAACUGUGUAUA